ACAACACGGUACGGUCGCUGCCGCUCUCCUUGUUCCUUUACCCACGGCCCCCGCGCCCCGCCGGUGUCAGCCCCGCUGCGCUGCAGAAUCUGCCCGUCCGAGUCCGCCUUCCCUCCCGCAGGCAGGGUCGGUGAGGGAGGAAGAUGAGUCUCUACAACUUGGACCGCUUUCGCUUUGAGAGGAAGAGGCAAAACGCGGAGCAGGAAACUCCGGCUCCUUCGGCAGCCCAGGUGCAGGCAGCGAGUGGCGGUGCUGCUGUGGGGGAUGAGGAUGAAGCUACAGAUGAGAGCAGCAGGCCAGAUACCCCAGCUUCGGAUGGGACAGAGAUAACUGGGUACUCCACCAUUCCAGAAACUCCUGAAGCCAAGACAACAAGGAAACGAUCUUACCUCAGGCGUCGAAGAGGGCUCCAGCUCCUUGAUGUGUCUUCAGACAGUGAAGAUGAAGGACCAAGGAACUUUGGUGCUGUGAAAGAAAACAGAGCUCCAAGGACAGAAGUGACUGCAAUCUCUGAACAGUCUGAUGAUGGACAGUCUGAAGAUGAACUACCCCGUCUGGCGUAUGUAAAUGGUGGGGAUCAGCUGCCAGCUGUGAAGGGUGUUGAGGAAAACAUGAAAGACACAAAGCUGCAAACACUGAAGAAUAUUUUUCCUCAAAGAAGUGACCAAGAAUUACUACAAUUGGUAGAAUCAUCAAGCACAGUGGAAGAAGCAGUAGAUGCUGGUUUGAAGUUCAAUGAUGAAGUUUCCUCUCGUAAAAGAAAACUUGAAGGCUCUCCCACAAAUUGCAAAACCAGAAAUGAGCAAGUCACAAAAAAGUCAAAAGCUAAUUAUCUGGAGGAGCUAGAACCCCAAAGACAAUGGGAAAGGCAAGAAAUGCUUGUGAAGAAGCUGCAGAAUACAUUCCCUGGACUGGAUAAGGAGGAACUGAGAGAGGUUCUUCAGGAUCAUAACUGGGUGUUUCACGAAGCUCUGGAGACCCUGAGAGUAUUUGCAGAAGAUGGUUUGGAAUAUCAUCCCAAAAGUAAAUCUUCCAGCUGGAGUGAAGCCUCUGCCAACAGCAGAAGUGAUGGGAGUGCAGAGAAGCUGAAGGAGAAAUCUUCUGGGAAGGAGCAGAAUGGCUUUCAGAAAAAGGACAAAGGCAAGAGGAGCAUUUGGAGCACUAAAAGAGACACAGACGACUCGGAGGACAAGUCAGCUUCCGAAGAUGGUGACAGCUCCCUUGAUGAGGACUACAGCAGUGGGGAUGAGGUGAUGGAGGAUGGCUACAGAGCCAAAAUCCUCAGCUUCCUGCAGGAUGCUUCUCCGAGCGAACUGACUUUGAUUCCCCAGUGUUCUCAGAAAAAGGCUCAGAAGAUAAUAGCGCUCCGGCCCUUUAACAGCUGGGAAGCUCUGUUUACAAAAAUGUCUAAGACUGCUGGUUUGUCAGAAGACAUAGUGUGGAACUGCAAGAUACUACUGAAAGAGAGGGAUGUGGUUCUAAAGCUUAUGAAUAAAUGUGAAGAAAUUUCAAAAAAACUGACAAAACAAGUAACCAGGAUUACUGAAGAUGGAGAAUGUGGAUGGAACAUAGAGCAGCCUUCCAUUCUGAAUCAGAGUUUGGAACUCAAGCCGUAUCAGAAGAUUGGUUUGAAUUGGUUAGCACUGCUGCAUAAACACAGCUUAAAUGGCAUAUUGGCUGAUGAAAUGGGCUUAGGAAAAACAAUUCAAGCUAUUGCAUUUCUAGCUUAUCUCUACCAAGAAGGCAAUAGGGGUCCCCAUUUGAUAGUUGUGCCAGCUUCAACAUUAGAUAACUGGAUAAGAGAAGUUCAUCUAUGGUGUCCUGAACUGAAUGUCCUUUUCUACUAUGGAUCCCAAGAAGAUAGGAAACAUCUCAGAGUGGACAUUACUAAUAAAGUGGUCGAUUUCAAUGUGAUAGUAACUACAUACAGCUGUGCAAUUAGCAGCUCAGAUGAUCGAGGACUGUUUCGCAAGUUGAAGCUUAACUAUGCAAUUUUUGAUGAAGGUCACAUGCUCAAGAAUAUGAGCUCUGUACGAUACCAGCACCUUAUGACAAUUAAUGCAAAGAAUCGCUUGUUGCUUACGGGGACUCCAGUUCAAAACAAUCUGUUGGAACUGAUGUCCCUCUUGAAUUUUGUCAUGCCACAAAUGUUCAGCAGUAGCACAAGUGAAAUCCGAAGGAUGUUCUCUUCAAAAACAAAGAGUGCUGAAGAGCAAAGCAUCUAUGAAAAAGAGAGGAUUGCACAUGCAAAGCAGAUAAUAAAGCCAUUCAUCUUGAGAAGAGUAAAAGAUGAGGUCCUUAAGCAACUACCUCCAAAAAAAGAUCUAAUUGAAUUAUGUGCCAUGUCUGAGAAGCAGGAACAACUAUACUGUGAUCUCUUAAAUAAGUUCAAGAAAACUACUAGCAGUAAUGAGAAAAACUCUGACAUGGGAAAUGUGAUGAUGCAACUCAGAAAAAUGGCAAAUCAUCCACUCUUGCACCGUCAGUAUUAUACAGAUGACAAGCUCAGGACAAUGUCCAAGCUUAUGCUCAAGGAACCCACACAUUGUGAUGCAAACCCUGACCUUAUCUUUGAAGAUAUGACAGUAAUGACAGAUUUUGAGCUGCAUUUGCUUUGCAAGCAAUAUUCUCGUGUCAGUGACUUCAAGUUAGACAUGGACCAGAUCUUGGAUUCUGGAAAAUUCAGAGCACUGGAACAUAUUCUCUCUGACCUUAAAGAGAAGGGUGACAGAGUUGUGUUGUUUAGCCAGUUCACUAUGAUGCUGGAUAUCUUGGAAGUUUUCCUAAAACACUGGCAGCAUAGAUAUCUUAGGUUGGAUGGAAAAACCCAAAUUUCUGAUAGGAUUCAUCUAAUAGAUCAGUUCAAUACAGAUAUGGGUAUAUUUGUAUUUCUCCUGUCAACCAAAGCUGGUGGCCUGGGAAUCAAUCUGACCUCAGCAAAUGUUGUUAUUCUUCAUGACAUUGAUUGCAACCCAUACAAUGACAAGCAAGCAGAAGACAGGUGCCAUAGAGUAGGUCAGACAAGAGAAGUAAAAGUCAUUAAGCUAAUCAGUAAGGGGACUAUUGAGGAAACCAUGCUCAAAAUCAGCCAGCAGAAAUUGAAGUUAGAACAAGAUAUGACUGCAGCAGAUUCUGGUGAAGAAGGAACCAUUCCAGCAGAUAUAGCCACGCUAUUAAAAGCUUCCUUAGGUCUCUAAAAUGUAAAUAUGUUGUGUACUUAAAGGAAGAAAGGUGAUGUUUUACCCCAAGGACUUUUAUGUUACAGAUGACCAUGAGUUUUAUGAACAUUUAUAACUUUUUUAUAGUUUCUUUAUUGUAUUCCUCAUGGUAUUGAAUUUUUUUUAACACUGACAGCACUCUUCUGAUGCUUAAAAAUAGAAAGGGCCUAAAUGUGCCAACAUCAGAUGGUGAAUAAACAUUAUUUUUCAGAUCAUUUUUCAAAACAGGGACCUAAGUAGUAAUUGUUAACAAAUCUGCUACUGCCUAAGAUUUGUCAGUAUUUUUGUAAUUAUUUCUACCUCCAAAUAUAUAUAUAUAU